AUGGGUCUCUCGCAAUAUGUUUGGCACCUAGCUCUUGGUCAACCAAUUAAAAGCCAUAACGAAGAAACUACAAACGUAGGGAACACAAAUGUAUCGGAACAUGAUGAUAAUGAAAACAAUUAUUCAGUCGAACGAGUUUCUGAUCUUAUGUAUGAUCCAAACAGAGCUCAAAGUGAGGGAACCUUAUUACAUGCUCAAAAUGAAAUCUUACGAACAAUUGAAAAGUAUAAACAACCAAGCCCGAAUAGAGAAUUGGUUGAAAAUUUAUGUGGUUUCAGUUUAGCAGUAACGGGUUUAUCUUCACAAUACCUUUUUGGAUAUCCAUUAUGGACAUUACGGACCAGACAUCAGGUUUUUCCUUUCAUGUAUCAAAAUGGAUUUCAUGAUACGCCACAACAAGAUACAUUAUUAGCAUAUUGGAAUUACCUUUUUCAUACUGGAAAACGUAAAGGUUUUGAACAUUUAUGGAAUGGAUUUAUUACGAAGAUAUCUUGUCAAACUUUAAUGGUUUUAUAUGAAUCAAGCCUUGAAAUUAUAUAUGAUCGAAUCACCGAACGUCAAAACAAAAAUUCAAUUAAAAUUAUGACAUCAAUUGUGUUGAGAGGAUUUGAUUUCAUCUUAUUUACACCAUUAUAUCCUAUACUUCGUCAUUCCAUUAUUCGAAAAAUAGAUAGUCGAUUUGAUGUUCAAGAUCCUAUUGUAUUUUAUAAUAAUUAUAAACGUACCUUAAUUGAAAUAUUUAGUAAUAAACCAUCACGAAAUGGACUUAAAUGGGAAUCUACAUUAGUUCCUGCAUAUGGUUGUCAUUUCUUAUUUGAGACAGUUCAAUUGGCAACUUAUCAAAAAUUAUAUGAAUGGUUAUCACCACCAUCAAAACCAGCCACAAAAAAAGAAACAAUGCUACAUGAAUUUUAUCCGGAAUUGGUUUGCGCAAUUGGAAGUCAUCUUGUAGCAAAAUUUGUUAUAUAUCCAUUGGAAACUGUAGUUGAUAGAUUAAUGGUACAAGGGUAUAAUAUAUCUGGUAUUCGAUAUCCAUAUUAUUCCGGUUUUUGGAAUUGCGUAAGUCGUAUGAUUAGUGAAGAAGGAAUUGGUUCUUUUUAUAAUGGAUUAUUUGGUGGAUUCAUUGGGGAAUGUUUGAUUGGUUGGAUUUCAUUGGAAACAAUGUAUUCAGCUUAUUUGAUCACUACUUGGGCUUUGGAAAAACUUUGUUCUGAUAAUCACAAUUCCGCUUACGGUUUUGCUUGUGGCUCUACCGAGCUAAUGAAAAUACAAAAGACAUAUUUGAUAGUGACAGCAGGAUUUACGUGCGUCACACUUGUCAUAUUUCAGAUAGGAAUUUCACUGUUUCAAAAUGUUGAUUCGUGUUCACGAAAGCAUAAUUUAAUAUACAAUACGAUACAGGCUUUUAUUAAAUUAUAUGUUAUUGGUUUAUUGUCAGUUAUGGCUAUUCGAAAAGCGCUCAUACAAGAGUCAGUUCGUCGGAUUACAACCCCAAGUCUAUUAGAAGAAUUAAAUCAAUUAAUAUUCAAAAAACGUGCUUAUCUUAUUCCUUUAAUAUAUAUUACAUCUGCGAUGUCAAUUGGUUCUACUUUUUAUGAUCUUAUAAGUGAAAGUUAUAAGAGAAAUAGAAAAAUCAUUUUGUCUCCCGAAGAUCAUGAUUAUAAAAAAGAAAGUUGUAAAAGUUUAAAUCCCAUGAUUAAUGAACAUUAUAUGAUCGCAAAUGUUCAUAACUUCAUUUUAGGACUUUGGUUCGGAGUGGAUUUUGUGUUACAAAAAAGAUAUAUGCUUUCAUUCCAUAUCGUUGAGCCAAGAUAUUUACAAGCUUUGCAUAAAGAACUUUUAACAAUAUGGAAUCGUAAAAAACAUGGAUUUAUUUGGGGAACUAUUCUUUCUACGAUUGGUGUAUUCAUGGAUCCUCACGCUAUGCUCAUUGAUGGUUUACAUGCUUAUAAUCAACCAUAUUAUCAGCAAAUCGCAUUUCUAGAAUUAUGGCAUAUAUCAAAUUUCGAUCCUAAUCGCCGGGGUGCAAUAUAUGCAGAUUUCAAUCGUAAAUUACCUUUCAAUUGUGAAUCACAUAAUAAUCCCACAUCGGCAUGGGCUGAAAUUUCACGUAUAUGUAUUGAUUUUAUAUUGGGACUUGCCCAAUCCGCACAAGAUGAAAUCGAAGGACAACGACAAAGAAAAAUAGAGAUGAGAAAUAAGCAUAAACAAUUUAAAAAACUUCAAGCUUCCAAACAAAAAAUGAAGGUAGUAAAAAGGCAAAAAAAUCUUGAAGUUAAAAUGACAGCAGAAACCAUUACCAAAGAUCGAGAAUAUUGGGAAAUGAAAUCAUUAGAAUGGUUUCAUCCAACUGGAGGGUAUUAUCCAUUUUUUGUUAGAAAGGCUUAUUAUUUAGUUUCGGUUCCUUUACUUAAGAGAUCUGUUGAACGAAGGACGAGAAACUUAUUUAAAGAUUUAUAUGUCACAAUUUAUGCUAUACAAGCCCUAACAGCAUUAACUGUAAAAUCUUUGCAUGAAGAUAAACAUGGAAUAGUACAAAACGAUAUUUCAAAUGUGUUUGAAGUAAUUCUUGAUUGUUUAUUGUCAUUAGAAAAGUAUGCUCAAGAACCACCUUUAGAUGAUUGGGACAUAGGAAACCCUUAUGCAUUGACAUCUUCAAAAGUUCUGGCUGACCCAAUAAUUGUUGUAAAUGUAUUAAAAGAUUCCUUAUUUGAUUUAACUGAAACAUUCAUGUCACAUAUGAGUUAUGUUAGACUUACAUCUCAUCAUCAUGAAAGACUUGACAAAUUAAUUCAUGAAAGAAUUUAA